AUGAUGGGAGGGAAACAAGAGGAGAGAUCAGGUUCUAAUGGGACAGAGAAGGUUCUUGUUGCUGUGAAAGCAUCUAGAGAGAUUUCAAAGACAGCAUUGGUUUGGGCUUUGACUCAUAUUGUUCAUCCUGGAGAUUGCAUUACUCUCAUUGUUGUUGUCACUUCUCACAAUGCUGGUCGAAAGCUAUGGACAUUCCCAAGGUUUGCUGGAGAUUGUGCAAGUCGUCAUCGGAAACCUCAUUCUGAUGCAAUUCCUGAGAUAAAGAGUGAUCUCACUGAUACUUGUUCUCAAAUGAUUCUCCAGCUUCAUGAUGUCUAUGAUCCAAACAAGGUUAAUGUCAGGAUCAAGAUUGUCUCUGGAACACCAUGUGGAGCUGUUGCGUCUGAGGCAAUGAAACUGCAAGCAAAUUGGGUGGUUCUUGAUAAACAUCUUAAGCAAGAAGAGAAAAUGUGCCUUGAUGAGCUACAAUGUAACAUUGUGGCGAUAAAGCAGCGUUCUCAGGCAAAAGUUUUGCGCUUGAACUUGGUCGGCUCACCAACAAAAGAUGAAGUGAAAGAGUGUGCUUUACCAAAUAAAGCAGAAUCAGCAUCUGAAAAGUACAAAAACAGGUCGUUAGAUUCAGUUAGAGCAGUGGUUACAACAACUCCUAUGAGCAGCCCUGAGGUUGGGACAACAUUCACAGGUACUACUUCAUCUGUGUCUAGCUCUGAUAUUGGAACAUCAUCGCCUUUUUCCACAGUUGAAGUAAAAAAGGAUGAAACUUUGGUACUCGAAGAGAAUGAAGAAUCAGAUUCUGAUUCAGAGAGCGAAGAUCUGUCAUCACUACCCUCCACGAGUAGAAGGAGUGAUUUGGAUGAGUUCAGUGGAAGCUUAAGAGAAGCAAUUUCGCUAUCAAGAAAUGCUCCUCCUGUUCCACCUCCUCUCUGUUCUAUCUGUCAGCACAAAGCGCCUAAAUUUGGAAAACCGCCGAGGCUUUUCUCCUACAAAGAGCUAGAGGUUGCAACAAACGGGUUUUCAGAGUGUAAUUUCUUGGCAGAAGGAGGAUUCGGAUCUGUUCAUAGAGGUGUGUUACCUGAAGGACAGAUUGUCGCAGUGAAGCAACACAAAGUAGCAAGUAGUCAAGGAGAUGUAGAGUUUUGCUCUGAAGUAGAAGUUUUGAGCUGUGCUCAGCAUAGAAACGUUGUUAUGUUAAUCGGUUUCUGCAUCGAAGGAAGUAGAAGACUCUUGGUCUAUGAAUACAUAUGCAAUGGAUCAUUAGACUCUCAUCUUUACGGUCGACAAAAGGGUACUUUGGGAUGGACUGCAAGGCAGAAAAUAGCGGUUGGAGCGGCUAGAGGUCUUAGAUAUCUUCAUGAAGAGUGUAGAGUGGGUUGCAUUGUUCACAGAGACAUGCGGCCUAACAAUAUACUAAUCACUCAUGAUUAUGAACCACUGGUUGGAGAUUUUGGUUUAGCUCGGUGGCAGCCUGAUGGAGAGCUCGGUGUAGACACACGUGUAAUAGGAACUUUCGGGUAUUUAGCUCCAGAGUAUACUCAAAGUGGACAAAUCACAGAGAAAGCUGAUGUUUACUCGUUUGGGGUUGUGUUAAUCGAGCUAAUCACGGGUCGUAAAGCCAUGGAUAUCUACAGGCCAAAGGGACAACAAUGUUUGACUGAAUGGGCACGAUCUUUAUUAGAAGAGUAUGCGGUGGAAGAAUUGAUUGAUCCGAGGCUAGAGAAGCGAUAUUCAGAAACAGAAAUCAUCUGUAUGAUUCAUACAGCUUCAUUGUGUAUACGUAGAGAUCCACAUUUGCGUCCUCGUAUGUCUCAGGUGUUGCGUUUAUUGGAAGGAGAUAUGGCAAUUAAUGACACUUCUGGAAGAUUAUCGAUUGAGAGAGAUCGAAGAUCACAACUAAUGAUGAAGUAG